GUUUCUGUUACUUGAAGGCGCUGUUCCGUCGACAGACAGUGGUAUGUUGUGUGUUCGUGCACUACGCGCUUUUUCGUCAUUGGGCGCUCCAUCGAGUUCUCGGGCAUUGACACAUGUAUUCCAAACCACCACCGCAACCAACUCCAUAGCUCGCACUUAUGCUACACAUUUUACACGGGGUUCAAAAGAUGAGCCUAAAGCUACAUCUCUAGACGUCGACACCAACGUCUUCAAGACCUACAAACCCGUUUCUCCCGGUAUUCGUCACCUUCGUCGACCUAUAAAUGACCAUAUCUAUCAAGGGAGGCCCGUUCGUCUAUUAACGGCUUGCCUCCGCAAACAUGGUGGUCGUAACUCUCAUGGCCGCAUCACCGUCCGCUUUCGCGGUGGUGGUCACAAGCGUCGUGUGCGUCUCAUCGACUUUCUGCGCACUGAACCUGGAGAGUACGAUGUCAUCCGUAUUGAAUACGAUCCUGGACGUUCAGCACACAUUGCUCUUAUCAAAGCGCGAGAUGCCAAUGCGGAGGGGAAGGCGAAGUGGAAAUACAUACUUGCUACUGAGGGGAUGAGGCCAGGGGAUGUAGUGCAGAGCUAUAGGAUGGGUAUGCCUGAAACCACGGGUAUACUCCGCACCAGAACGGUUAGACCUGGCAAUGUUCUUCCUAUUCGGUCCAUUCCUACUGGCACGGUCGUUCACUGUGUCGCACUUUCACCUACGGGAAAGGCAUUGCUCGUGCGCUCUGCUGGCUCCUUCGCUCAGGUCGUGCACCACGACGAAUCUGGACGGUAUAGUCACGUGCGCCUCCAAAGCGGCGAAAUCCGCCAAGUCUUACAAGAUUGUUGCGCUACCAUCGGACGCGUAAGCAACCUUAAUUGGAAGGGGAGGAAGAUAGGAAAGGCGGGGAGAAAUCGGUGGCUGGGAUGGAGACCACGAGUCCGAGGUGUUGCCAUGAAUGCCAAGGAUCACCCUCAUGGUGGUGGGCGUGGUAAAUCCAAGUCCAACAAGCAUCCUGUGUCUGUUUGGGGCUGGGCCACGAAAGGCAAACGUACGCGUAAACCUGGACCCAAGGGCCCUAAGAACAGUAAUAAGAUGGUCAUUCGGGAACGCCCUAGGGGCAAGGAGAAGCGCUCGGGUGGUUCUUAAGCUAACGUUUCACCAUAUCCAUCCUACUAGUAAUUUUGACUUUAUUCUGAAAACUGUUUCGAUACGGAAUACUCGCGUUCAUUAAGGCAUGAAUUCAUAUCCAGUAUUGCAAUACCCCUUCUUAUAUUCA